AUGGAAUGAGUCGCUCUGAUGAAGGUACGUCUGUAUUAAAGGUUGGUUGUGUGGCCUGGUCCGGAGGCUGGUAAUGUGUACAGUUAACAGCAGUCAGCAUAGUCAUCAUAGCAUAGUAGGUACGCGUGUGCCUACUGCCUGCAGUUAUUCAGUGGAUAGUUGAAAUAUCAUAAGAUACAACAGCAGAAUUGAUAGAAACACGUGGGUGGCGAACUUCAAAGUUCGUGAGUGUAUCACGAUUAAAAUUCACUAUCAUCUGUGUUAAUCUUGUUUAUUGACAAUUAUUUUACCAUGGAAGAAAUACGAGAAGCCAUAGGAAUUAAUAAAGCCACUACAAGCGGUAGUUUAAUUUUCAUAGAAGAACAUCACCAGUCUGAUGCUAACUUUGUUUUACAAGCAAUUAUAGCUCACUGUAAAGAAAAAAAUCAUAUGCUGAACCUGGUUUUAUUUCACAAUACCUUUGGUCAUUUUCAUAAUGUUGGAAUGAAGUUGGGUUACAAUUUGAAAAAAGAUCUCAAUAAUACUGUCAAUGUUAUUGAGCCUUUGAAAGUAAUAUCUAAAAAUAUUCACCUUCAAAAUUCUGAUAAUAUCAAAGAAAAUCUUGAAUUUGAUAUUACUAAUAAAAGUACGCAUCUGGUGAAUCAACUGGUGCAAAUUAUUAAAGAUGAAUGUAUAUCUAAAGCUAAAGAGAUGUCAGAACAAAAAGUAUAUUUAAUCAUUGAUGAUUUGAGUCAUUUGUUUGAUGUAGGAUUGAACGUUCAAGAUAUUUGGUACUUUAUAAGGUGUAUAAGGUCAUUUAUUAACGACGAACCACUUUUAACUCUCUGUGUUACCAGUCAUGUUUUUGAUUCCUCACUUGAAUUUUGUGAGACAAACAUAAUAGCUAAUGUAUUGAAGCAUUCCGCUGAUCUUGUCAUUGUUGUGCGUCCAUUAGAAACUGGACAGUCAAGAGAAAUAUCUGGGAAACUUGCUGUUUAUUGGAAAUCUGAAAGUGAAAGAUUAAGGUUUAAAUGGUCAGAAGAAAUGACAUAUCUGUAUAAAUUACAUGAUCGGGAAGUUAAACUUUUUGCACCAGGCAGCUCACGUAUAAUGUAAAUGAAGUUGAUGUAAUGUUCAAAAUUAGCUUUAGAAGCACAAAAACAAUUUUUUGGUAAUAUAUUUGUAUGAAUAAAUCUUUGUAAAUAAAAAUAU